AUGGAGCGAUUCGAGGAUCCGCCACCUCACAGCCUCCAGCCCCCAUCCCCUUUGAACCAUGUUCUACGGUCAUGUUAUCCCAUUAACGGCGAGGAUGUUCCCAUCUUCUCAGCCCCCGACGAAGUCGUCCACCAGGCCGCGGCCGAGCCCCGAAUUCAGGUCGCCGCCGCCGAAUCGCCGGAACGCCGCCGCAGCCCCGAAGCACCGAAUCGCCGGAACGCCGCCGCAGCCCCGAAGCACCGAAGCCGGGCCAUCGCCACCGGAACGCAGGAACGCCGACACAGCUCCGAAUUCGACCAGCCUCGCGUUGUGACACUCACGGAACAAACACCGUGCAUCACAGCCAUUGACUGCACCAUGGGAGAUUACAAGCGAAGGAUCGAGGUGAUAGUGGAGGACAUGUGCGGGCCCAAUUUCACUGCCUGCGGCCGCACCGUCAGGAGUUUCAAAUCGUGGCGCGGACAUAGCGGGCAAACGCUAGAGACAGUCACUGCACUGGUGACCCCGCGUCGUUCAUCACGCAUCGUGAUGGAUAAUAACGCCGUUGGGUUGAAGCUCCCAACUCUGUGUACCGAAGAACCCGAAACCUGGUUCCAGCUGGCAGAGGCACAGUUUGCUGUGAGAGGUAUCACGCAGGAUGAGACUAAAUAUUAUUACGUGGUUGGCUCGCUUGACCAACUAACUGCGAGGCGAGUUAUGCCUUUCCUCAGGGCCCCCCAGGUAACAAACAAAUAUACUGGCCUUAAAGCAUUUCUCAUCAGGAGGUUUGGCCUGGGAGACGCCGAGCGGGCAGCUCGCAUUUUCAGAAUGGACGGCCUGGGCGACCGCCAGCCGUCUGCCCUCCUGGAAGACAUGCUCACCCUAAUGGGGGACCAUGAGCCGUGUUUUUCAUUUAAAUAUGCCUACCUGCAGCAGCCGCCUACCGAAAUUCGCAUGCAGCUCGCCAGGGAUCAGUUUAACGACAUGCAGGCGCUGGGUGAACAUGCCGACGAGCUGUGGAAUUCUCUCCAUCACAACCUGGAAGCAGUGGACGUCCAUCCCGAGGCGUUUGGAGACUCAGAGCAGGCACGUCCUUCCAGCACGGCCAGCAUGCAGUCCAAACCAAUGCCAGCAGAGGUCGCUGGCGUUCAAACCAGCCAAAUUGGCUUGCAGUUUCACCAGACGCCAGCAGAGGUCGCCGACGCUCAAACCAGCCUAAUUCGCCUGCAGUUCAACCAGACGCCAGCAAAGUUGGUUGGUGUUAUUACCAUCGCCGCUGGGGAGCUGCAGCCAGGCUUUGUCGCCCACCCUAGGUUCGUCAUUGCAGACGUUUCCCAGCCGCUGCUGGGCGCCAACUUUCUUCGAGCCCAUUCACUGCUCGUGGAUGUCAAGCGGCGGCGCCUCAUGCACUCUGUCACGCUGGAGCCGGUCUUCCUCCGUACUGGUGAUCCUGUAGUACGCCCUGAUGAUUUUCCCGGCAUUCUCGAACCCCACUUCCACUCCUCCACCCCGAAGCACGGGGUGGAGCACCACAUCCCCACUACUGGCCCGCCUGUGCACGCCCGGGCACGUCGUCUCUCCCCAGACAAGCUCCGUCUAGCUCGGGAGGAGUUCCGCCAGAUGGAGGCGAUGGGCAUCGUGCGUCCCUCCGGUAGCCCAUGGGCCUCACUGCUCCACAUGGUCCCUAAGAAGAACGGGGGCUGGCGCCCGUGUGGGGAUUACCGUCGCCUGAACGAUGCGACCGUCGCCGACAGGUAUCCGGUCCCGCACAUUCAGGACUUCAAUGCCCAUCUGGCUGGAGCAUCCGUAUUUUCCAAGGUGGACCUCGUGCGGGGGUACAAUCAAAUUCCGGUCCGCCCCGACGAUAUCCCGAAGACGGCCAUUAUCACACCAUUUGGUCUGUUCGAGUUUGUGCGGAUGCCGUUUGGGUUGAAGAAUGCCGCGCAGGCCUUUCAGCGGCUUAUGGACUGCGUGUGCCGUGGAUUGGACUUUGUCUUUGUGUACCUGGACGACAUACUCGUGGCCAGUCGCUCGCGGCAGGAGCACUGCACCCACCUCCGUCAACUGUGUCAGCGCCUCAGCAAUUUUGGUAUGGCUAUCAACGCGUCCAAGUGCCGUUUCGGGGUGACGGCUAUCGACUUCCUCGGCCACCGCGUGACUGCACAAGGGGUGGUGCCUCUGCCGACCAGGGUGGACGCUAUCCGCAGGUUCCCCCGUCCGACCACAGUUAGGGGCCUGCAGGAAUUCGUGGGGAUGGUCACUUUCUAUCACCGCUUCCUGCCGUCAGCGGCUGCAGUCAUGCGACCGCUUUUCCACCUGAUUGCUGGUCAUCGCAGGGAGGUUGAUUGGUCCGUGGAAGCAACAGCGGCAUUUGUGAGGGGUAAGGAGGCACUGGCUGAGGCCACAAUGUUCGUCCACCCACGAGAGGAUGCCCAGACCGCCUUGACGGUGGAUGCUUCUGAGGUUGCGGUUGGGGCAGUGUUAGAGCAGCUCGUUGAGGGUUGCUGGCGGCCACUUGCCUUAUUCAGCAAGCAUCUCAGUGGUCCUCAGCGUCGUUACAGCGCCUUCGACCGUGAGCUCCUUGCCCUGUAUCUCGCCGUACGCCAUUUCCGCUAUUUUCUGGAGGGGAGACCAUUCACUGCAUUCAUGGACCACAAGCCACUAACCUUCGCGUUCGCCAAGGUAUCAGACCCGUGGUCUGCCCGGCAGCAGAGGCAGUUGGCGUAUGUGUCCGAGUACACUACCUCCAUCCGGUUCGUUGAGGGCAAAAGGGUGUUUGAGGUGCUCCAUGCACUUGCACAUCCCUCCAUCAGGGCGACAGUAGCCCUGGUAGCCUCCCGCUUCAUGUGGCACGGGCUGCGGAAGGAGGUUGGACAUUGGGCGCGCACUUGCAUCCCGUGCCAGACCGCCAAGGUACAACGACACGUGCACGCGCCAUUGCAGGAGUUUCCCAUUCCUCAUAAACGUUUCGACCACAUUCACGUGGACAUCGUGGGGCCGCUGCCGUCGUCCCAGGGCAUGACGUAUCUAUUCACCGUUGUGGACCGCUUCACGCGGUGGCCUGAAGCCAUUCCGCUACCAAAUUCUGCAACGACCACUUGUGCUCGAGCCUUGUUGGCGCACUGGAUCGCCCGGUUCGGUGUUCCACUGGACAUAACUUCCGACCGGGGGCAUCAGUUCACGUCAGAGCUGUGGUCGGCCAUGGCACGCCUCCUGGGUGUUCGUCUGCACCACACGACGGCGUACCACCCGCAGUCGAACGGCCUAGUGGAGCGGUUUCACCGGCAGUUUAAGGGUGCCAUGAGGGCGCGGCUCACUGAGCCAGACUGGGUAGACGCUCUACCGUGGGUUUUGCUGGGGAUACGCACCGCACCCAAGGAGGACUUGGCCUCCUCCUCCGCCGAGUUGGUGUAUGGGUCUCCGUUAACGGUG